UUUUAUGUUUUGUGAAGUUUUCCUCGUGUUUUAUGUGUAAUUAUGUGUUAUUUGUUAAUUGUAUGAAGAAAAACCAUCCACCGGCGGCAUGUGAUGAGCGAAUCAGACGAGACGGAUAUUCUGCUGCUUAUUCCGCCCGACUUCUUCAACUGCGAGUCCCCGGUGCCGAAAACACAGAGAAAGGCGGCCACCAACUGUUCGCUCGAUAGCGUCGAUUACCUUUCCUAUGCCUCGUUCAGCACAAUUCCGAUGGCUGGCAUAGAAAACUGUCCAAUGGCCCGGUGCUCAGCCUCCGAUCGUACCGAGCAGUACGUUGCAUCGACCCCGUACAAACGCCACCAUGGACAGCAUCGAGAAACCCACAAGGAGCGCUACCUUCUCAACGAGAUCGACCAGUUCCUGCAGGAGGGAGACACAAGCAAAUCGUAUCAACGGCAGCAUCAGCGUCAUAAUCAAAGCGGUGUCCGAAGUCCCCACGAGUCACUGAUUGACCUGAAUGGCCUUUCGCUGAACGAAUAUCCAUCGCUCACAGCAAAUGACUUCAACAACCUGGCUAAACCCAUCCCCUCGGCAGGUGGUCCGGUACCACAGAAACCCCCGCGAAACGUUCAGAGCUCGUCGAUGGCCAAGCCGUACAGCAAUAACGCGAAUCUUCUUAAUCUAAGCGAUAUCUGGCAUACGAACGGUGCCCCGGAUUACGGAAAGGUGCUACAGGAGGAACGGCUUCGGCGGCAGCACUGCGAGCGUAACAUUCAAUCCCUCCAGAUUAAGCUGCUCGAGUACGAGGAGAAAAUGUCCGUCGCCCUAUCCGUCGAUAAGGAAAAGCUGGAGAUUAUCGGCAAGCUAGAACAGGAAGUAAACCGUCUGACGAACCGUAUCCGCGACAUGGAGGGGCAACAUAUUCAGACACACGAGAAACUGAUGGCGGAGAACGUGGAGGUGCGGAAUAAGAAUCUCAUGCUGGAAAAAGAACUGGCCGAUACGGUCAACUUGACGCGGAAGCUUCAAGAGAAAAAGGAUACGCUCGAGCAGAAGGUGGACAAUCUGGCCAGUGCUAAUCGUGAUGUGAACGAGGUUCACCGUAAGCAACAGGAAGAUCUACAAAUAAGACUCGCCAACAGUCGCGAAAGCGAACGGCAGCUAAAGGAGCAACUGAGUAGCCUUCGAAACGCGAACGAACAGCUAAAAGUGGAUCUGCAGAGCGAAAAGCAAAAGCUAGCCGAAUGUGUAGGGAUACGGGAAGAGCUCCGGUCCAUCAAGAGAAAACAUGAGCUACUGGCCAAGCAAUACGCAGAAGCGACGCAAGAGAAUGUUAGCUUGCAGGAGCAAACAAAGCACAUGAAACAGCAAAUAACCAUCCACCAAGAGGAAUCGAAAAAUUUACUUAAAGAGCUGGAAAUACAGCGCCUCUCGCUGAAAAAGUACUACCAAUCCCAGCUGGAGGAUGUCGUCACAGAUAAGCUGAACGAAUUCCAAAAGCAACUUACCACCGUCGAACAGGAAUUGAAAGCUGAAGCAGCGAAGAAAGAACGAGCAUUGGCCGACCGUGCCAAGCGACAGAUUGAACUGAUCGACCAGAAACGCGAACAGGAGGUUCAGCUGCUGACCGAGCGGUAUAAUGAGCAGGAAUCAUUAUACCGUCUGCAGCUCGCCAACUCUGCCAAACGGAUUCACGAGCUAGAGGAUAAGCUGCGCAGCAUCCAACAGCACCGUGCAGACAUUGCUUCACAGUUGCACCUGAUCAUGGAAAACCAGUGGAAGCAGGCACUGGACGUAUUGAUGAGCCCUGGCCAGCACGCCGAAGACAAUGGUUGCAGUAAGGUGUCGGAUCAGGAAACAAAGUCUCGGCAUUUCCAACGGUUUACGUUGGAACAGCUCGAUAAGGAUCGACUCGAUGGUGUGCGAUCGUUGAAGCAAACGAUAUCAUCUGACCCCGCCAUCGAUUUCCAAACUCCACAGCCAAAUCAGCGCCAAGCAUGCGAUAUGAACGGAGAGGGACCUCCACUUUUUCCGAAGCAUUUGUUACACAAUUACAUCGAGUUGCUACUAGAAAAGUCACCCAACGAUCUCAAGCAUCUCGAAGAAGUGCUCUCUAGCUGCCGAAAGCAAUCGAAGAAAGAAGUAAACGGUUACAAUGGAGAACCGGUCGACGGAGGAAACCUCGGUAAAUCGGCAUCGGCCAUGGCACUGAGUCAACUUGGUAAAAAAUCGUGCUCAAAAAGUGCGACAAGACCGUGGAAAUGACAUGGAACUGAUCGUGCACCCUGGUCUGAUGUUCAAGAAACUAGCAAUAAGUUAAUGCGUGCCU